ACAUGUGCUGUUUCCUUUUCCAGUUGUAAAGGGGUCAGGAGCCAGGCAAGGAGAGCCCGAACAAGAGGAGCAUUUUCCUGGGUUCUUCCAGCUGUUCUGUUCAAUCCCGCCGUCAGUUCUGAGCAGGGAAGAGAGACUGUCAACACAAAUAAGGCAUUUUUCAAAGGCGUAAAUUAUGAGUUCCCAAAACAAUGCGACAUCUCAACCACAUGGAGAAGUGGAGAGCCCCACAGCUGGAGCAGAUGUGGCUGUUAUUGGAGGUGUGAUUGCUGCCGUGGUGUUCGUGCUCAUUUGCCUGCUGGUGGUGAUGGUCCGGUACAUGUACAGGCACAAGGGCACCUACCACACCAACGAGGCCAAAGGAACUGAGUUUGCCGAAAGCGCGGAUGCCGCUUUGAAAAAUGACCCUGCUCUCCAGGAAGCAGUGGAUGAGAGCAAAAAGGAAUAUUUCAUCUGAGAGGCAAGGAGUUCCAUGGAGACUUCCCCAAUGGAAUCAAUCAGAAAUAUAAUAUCAACAGAAGUACUAAAAGAUGGAUAAUAUAAGAAUACAGGCGAGCAUCCGAAUUGAAAAGUAUCUCUUUACGAUUUUUUGUCACUGGGUUGUUUCUUUUCCUCUAGCAGUGAAGAACUAAAUGCCAGAUACUUGCCUGUUGAUUUUAUUAGCAACACAGCUGGUCACAGUUGAAAUCAAUAUCAGAUAAGAAGAAACAAAAUCUCAGUAUGAGUGAUACACCAAAACCAGAUAAAGAUAGCAAAUGUCAAGCCUUGACAUUUGGUGAAAAUAGCAGAUGCCAAAUGAAAACAUCCUCUUAGAGAUAAUGAUGCACCCUAUUCUGAUAUGAUGAACUACCUGAAAUUAAAUUUCAAAUGGUAACAGAACAAACAUUAAACUAGAUAAAGGUGAUCUAGCUCAAAAAAAUAAAUCUAUAGCCCAGAUAUCCCCUUCAUCCCUUAAAUGUGCAUUUUUAUUGGCACAAGGGAGAUUAUUUUGUUUGGGAUUUACACUGGGUUUUUUUUAAAUUUUUGAAUUUUAUACAUAUAUAAAAAUCAAAGACACUUCAAAGAAAUAAAACUUGGAAAACAUUAAAAAGGUAAGAGUGAAGGAUUUAUUACUGACUUUCUCUACAUGGCAGCUUGAGAACUACAAAAUGUUGGAAUUUACAUAUAGUAUAUAAUAGUCAGUACACUUACAAAUAUGAUUCUGAUUAGUCUGUAGAUUUUGUGCAUACAUGCAUAAAUAGAUAUUAAAAGAUAAAGCAUCCUGGUUCAAGCAGGCCCUUUGAAGCAAUGGAGCUCAGCUACAUUUUUUCAUGUAAGAUAUUCUUUGCCUGAAUAUUUAUUUAUUUAUUUUGCAUUAGAAAAUUCUCUGAGUGCCCACCAGCAGGAUUGUGGAAUUCAGUUCUGCUGCAGAUACGAGUACGUCUUUCACAAAUGCAACCCUAUGACUGUCACUAUAAAGAAACUAGUUCACCUGCAUCCCACUGGCUUUAUUCCUCACUCUGUAUGGCUUCUGUGUAUCCUUUGCAGUGUGCUAGACCAGAGAAUUACACUGACAUCGAUGCUGUAUUACAAAUAAAUAAAUAAAUAAAUAGAUUAUUCAUGGUAGGUCUCCUAAAACGGUCUUAUUCCUCACCUAAGAAUCAACGGUGAUGAGUUUAUUUACUCCAGUAAGUUGGCUUCCUAAUUGAAGCCCACAAUUACCUCCAGAAAUAGGAUAAUUGUUCUCUGCACCUGCUUGUCCACAGCUGUCAUGGUGCCCUGGACCGCUGAAAAUAGAGGUGGAGAAAUUCAAGAUAACAAAUAAGAUACUGAUGAGCUCUGCUCAAGUUGAUAUAUUUUUUCCUGUGCUUUGAUCUAUAUAUGUGUGUACAUAUAUAUAAAGUCAUCUACAACUGUGCUUUCAAGACACUGCUGCUGAUCACUUGUGCUCACUUCUUGGCACCAAAGCCUGGAAAGCUCCUGGACUCUGGUGUUCAUUACUGACAUUGGUCUCAAAAAUGCUGUGAGAGAUCUGAGCAAGACAAGACUGAGGACCCAACUGAAGAAACACAAUAUUUUUGUCUUUCAAUCACAAUCUCAGUCUUUUGUCAGUACUUGAAGUAAAUGGACUCUGAAUUAUUUUUGGAAUCCAAAUACCUUUAAUUUUGAAUCUUAAAUCCACAUGUGUUAGCAUUUUAACCAAAGAAUGUGAAACUCGUGCCAAAUUUAUUAAAUGCUGAAGUUACUUUCUGUAGCAUACCAUUGCAGAAUCACAUUGCAUUCUGUGGCUAGUACAGUAUAAAAUGCACAAAACACAGUACUGACAGAGCUCAAAUAUUUUGAUAUUAUGCACCUGUCUUUUUCUUCUUUGAGCCAUUAAUAUUUUAAUCAUUUUACUACUUUUGAAAUAGGAACUAUUUUAUUUCUCCAGGACAAGUGUUAGAAAAAAAUCACCGAUCUUAACUGUAAGACUGAGUUUAUAAAACUGAAGACCCCUGACCCUCCAGUUCAAUAAAGGUGUAAAUAUUUCCUCUGAGAAAAGGAUAACUGGGGUGACUUGAGCUCUGUUGCCUCUCCCACACAAAGUAUGGGAACACCAAGGAACCUUCCUCCAGCCUUAGCAGGAUCUAAAGAGGACUACCAGCCUUUCAUACUUUCAGAACAUGUAACAUUAUUAGAACUGUUAAAGUAAAUAGACUUUAGAGAAAAUUGUGAUGGACAUAGCGAAUAAAUUCCUGCCUCUGUCCCCAGUCAUGAAAUUCUGGCUUUUGCAAGUUGAGCCUGCAGAUCUUAAUUAGAUAUCUGUGUCUUACCUGUUACACACAGGAACAUGACUUAGUGUUUCUUUUGGUGUGAGUUUUUUAAUUAUGAGGUAGACUUAGACAAAGUGCCACACCGGAAUUGUAGAGGCCAGAUUUUCUGGUGGUAUAGCAUGAGUUCAGCUCAGCCAGCUCUUACCAGUUCAGUCAACUUCAGACUAUGUGUCAUUGUUUCCCUUAAAUCUCAACUGAAUACCACUUCUAUAUCUCUUCUUAAUAGCUUAAUUAAAAAUCUUUAUCCCAUUUUCCCUAUUUAUCUAGGCUGACAAACAGUCCAAGCAUUCAGGAACAGCUUCCCUAUUGGUAAUGAGCCACUUUGAAUAGUUGGGCAGCAGCACUUUUGCCAUGAGCUCUGGUCUCAGUGAAUUUAUUUCUUUACUGUGUCCUUCUGGGCUUCAGGGUCUUGUGUAUUUAAAAAUUACUCAAGCACACUCAAAAGAGAGAAGAAAUGGUUUGUGGAGGUUUUUUGCUUCUUUGUUUUCUUCAGGAAAAUCUUUGCUUUGUAAUGAAGCUCAUGAUGCCUGAUGACUGUCAGAUUCUAAUGGCUUCAUCCUGUUUUUCACUCAUACAAUAACUCUACUGUCUUGAGUCAUUCAAAUUAGGUGUAAAAAGAGUGAAUUACAAACUUCCUAUAACUUUUACAACUAAUUAGCAAAACAUCCUUCUGCAAGCAGCAUGCUGUGCUAAAACAAACCUUGUGUACAACGCUGAGACAUCUCAGCUGGCAGCCGUAGCUUUUCAUCACUGAUGUUAAAUGAUUUUUAAAAUUUCCUUCCUGAAUAAAAUAAUUAAUGAAACUGAUUCUUCUUCUCCCACAUACUUUAAUGUGGGGUCCCUCUGAUGCUGUGGCCUGCUGUCUUGCAGCUCUUUGACGCCCCAUCCUCUCAGCUGUGGCUGCUGUUCUUGCAGCUUGCAGUCCCCCAGCUCCCACUUGGAUCUCCACUGCCUUCUCUAUGGCAAAGGAUUAGCCAUUUACUUAUAUAGUUAUUUAUCUAUUUUUAUGGAUGAAGGUGUUCUGCCUCUCUCUGCUAGCCAAUAAUAAUUUUCAAAAAGGUUUUAGGUUUGGAUUGCCAAUACUAUGUCAAAUUUGAGCAAAUCUGGACAAUCUGACCUGAGACAGAUUUACAGAGUGAUCACAUAUGCCAUGUUUUUACAGACAACAGGUCUAAAAAUAGCACUGCAAGUUCUGUAGUUGUUAAAUUUAAUCUCCAGUUGUUAAAUUAUAAAUCUCCAGUGAUCAUCUCCAGUGUUUCUACCUAAACAUUAUGAUGAUCCCUCAAGCCAAUUGAUUUUGUCCUCAUGCCUUAAUGCCCUGUGAAAACUUGUUGAAUCCCACUUUGCAUGGGAAGUCUGAGGUCCACAUUUACAAGUUUAAGUAAUUUUUCAAUGAUGUAUGGGAAAGCAGUGCACCAAAAUGCCCAAUAUUUGCUGAAGCUGUCAGA